CGGCGGCUGCGGCGGGCGCAGAGGCCGGAGGAAGAGGAGGCGAGGGGCGGCCCGAGCGCGGGGAGGGAGCGAAGCGAGCGAUCAUGUGCCCGUGCCCCCUACACCGCGGCCGCGGCCCCCCGGCCGUGUGCGCCUGCAGCACGGGCCGCUUGGGGCUGCGCUCGGCCGCCGCGCAGCUCACGGCCGCCCGGCUCAAGGCGCUUGGCGACGAGCUGCACCAGCGCACCAUGUGGCGGCGGCGCGCGCGGAGCCGGAGGGCGCCGGCGCCCGGCGCGCUCCCCUCAUUCUGGCCCUGGCUGUGCGCGGCCGCGCAGGUGGCGGCGCUGGCGGCCUGGCUGCUCGGCAGGCGGAACCUGUAGAAACGCGAGGCUUCUUGGUGGGGCCGGAGCCGAGACCCAGCCGGAGCGAGCAACAGGUACGCGAGCGAGCGAGCGCCCGGGCGCGGCAGCUGGGCGCAGAGACGCCGAACGGGCCCGGGUGGCGGGAGAGUGGCAAGUUUGGGUUUCUUCGUGUCUCUUCCACUCCUUCCUCUGCUCCGCUUUCUUGCAGGGAUCUGCGUUCCCAUCUCCUCCUGAGGAUCAGGUCCACUGCUGUGUACCCUCUGUCCCCGUCUCCUUGAGGGCAUCUUGCCACUCCCUCCAGCGCGGUGGAUUUGGGGGUGGGGGUGGGAUCUCAGCCACCAAAAUUGCCCCCAGCCCCACAAAUACACACAAGAUAGCAGUGUAAAGUGCCCUUGCCAUGGGAACGAAGUCAUUACCUAGCCAGA